CUCACCACACAGGAAGGCUGGACGACGACAUUGCGACACUGAGUAUCACCCAGGAAGUCCCGAGCAUCAAGCACCAUACAAGAGGAUCACAGCAGACGAGUGCACCCAGAGCCACAAAGUCCAGGGUCGCCAUGGCUGAAGUGCAGGCCAAGCUCCAGAGCCUCUCGGAGGAGUACCAGAAGCUGCAGCAAGAGCUGCAAGACGCCGUGCAGUCAAGGCAGAAGCUCGAAGCGCAAAAGUCAGAGAAUGAGGGCGUAAAGAAGGAAUUUGAGGGCCUGAAGGAAGGCGAAAGCAUCUACAAGCUUGUCGGCCCGGCGUUGCUGAAGCAGGAGAAGGUCGAGGCGGAGAGCACAGUCAACGGCCGAUUGGAGUUUAUCGGCAAGGAGCUGACAAGGACAGAAGACCAGAUAAAAGAGGUCCAGACCAAGCUGGACAAGAAGAAGGGCGAGAUUAUCCAGACCCAGGCCAGCGCACAACAAGCGGUAGGCAGCGCGCCGGCGCAAGCAGCAGCGUAGGCAUGCAUUGUUUAGAAAGACGAUAAAAUGGCACAAUAAUUCCAUUUCGCGUCUUGGGCAUCUUGCACGGCAACCUCUGCAGUCGAGAAAUGUGCUAAACACAUGACGGACAAAUACCCCUGACAUGUCAGCUAACCUUGGAAGGUUUGCAGGACCCGCUGCAGGUACUGUGUUGUGGUCCUGGUGGGCUUGGGAGCUGUCCGGCCUCGCAGUAAGUUGGUGAGCAGCAUUGGUGAAAUCGAGUGAUGAUCACCAAGCUCAUGUUGCUAUCGUCGGCCUUUUAUUCUCGUCUAUGCUCUUCAACGCUUAAAAAGGUCUUGUCUCUCCUGUUUGAAAAACCCGGCGUGCUCCAAAGGAAUGACGUAAGAAGUUGGUGCUCCGGUCCGGCACCCCGCGGAUCAAAGCGCGGGGCGCGCCCAGCAGGGUGCACAAGACCACUUGACCUGCCAA